CGUUCCCCUACCCACAAAGAUGGCUGGUGUUUGCCUCCGAUACGCGAUCUGCCUCUUGACAUACCGUGCUCUGCAGCUGUUUUGGCUCUUCCUCCAUGAUGUGGAGGCUUCCAGUUGUCAACGUGUCAUCCAUAAGAAAGUUGGAGACACCGUGGAGUUGUCAUCCUGCUUACCAACUGAAGGGGUCAUACUGGCACUCUGGAAAUAUGGAUCGUCAAUAAUUGCAGAAAAAUAUAAGAAACUUUCUGGAGACCAUCAGUUCAAGGGCAGAUUAGACUUAAACCCCACAAACUUCAGUUUAACAGUGAGAGAACUGACUCUACAAGAUUCUGGUAAUUUCAUUUUUGUCUCUGCGGUGACUGACAAACAGAGGGGAACAGUCACCAUCACUCUGAAAGUUCAUGAGCCCAUUACUAAAGAGCCCGACGUCUUUUUCAAUUCCACCUGGCACCCCUCAAAUGGAUCCUGUACGGCUUUGCUGAAGUGCAGUGCACCCACUGAAAGCAAUGUCACCUACAACUGGACGGUGGGGAACCAAACUAUAACUGGCUCCAGCCUGGAAUACAGCAUGCGACCUCAGGACAGAGAAACCAAAUUCACCUGCACUAUUUCCAACAUUGUCAGUGAGAUGUCAGCAUCCAGAACCGAGAGUUGCAGCAACAAAACAGCUGACCCGUCUAAACCAGUGGCCGGCCCCUCAUCUCAACUGCCAUUGAUUAUUGGGUGUGUUAUUGGAAUUUUACUGAUUAUUCCACUGCUGCUCUUGCUGGUUUUUUACACAAAGUCAAAGGAUCUUUGUUGUAACAGGCUCACCCAGUCUCAAGCAGUCAGCCAAGAUGAAACUCAGCAGCAGGUGUACUCCUCUCUUCUCCAUGCUGAUGGUUCUGUCUACGAAACGAUGAGAGGCUCUAAAGAUGCUGAAACAGGUGAUGAUUGUGCCUAUGAAAACACGAGAGGCUCUGCAGAAGCUGGGAAAGGUACAGUAUAACUUAUACCACUAUUCCCCCCCUUUCUCCAAUUCAUUCCUUCAGUCGUUUCCUCUAAUUUGGUUCCAGAUUCGUAAAGAGCGGUGCAUCAUCAGCAAAACGAGAGAAGCACAGAUGAAAACGGAAAUUCAUGUUAAAGCAGUUUUGACAUAAAGUAAAAUGUAUGUGCAUUCCUCUGUCCUCAACUCAACUCAUUCAUUCAUUCAUCUUCUAACCGCUUCAUCCUCUUGAGGGUGGCGGGGGGGGGGCUGGAGCCUAUCCCAGCUGACAUUGGGCGAGAGGCAGGGUACACCCUGGACAGGUCGCCAGACUAUCGCAGGGCUGACACAUAGAGACAGACAACCAUUCACACUCACAUUCACACCUACGGACAAUUUAGAGUCACCAAUUAACCUGCAUGUCUUUGGACUGUGGGAGGAAGCCGGAGUGCCCGGAGAGAACCCACGCUGACACAGGGAGAACAUGCAAACUCCACACAGAAGGGCUCCUACGCCUGGGAUCGAACCGGCAACCCUCUUGCUGUGAGGCGAGAGUGCUAACCACCACACCACCGUGCCGCCCCAACUCAACUGUAUAUACAUAUAUAGUUGUUGUAGUAUACAAUGGAUUGCUUUCAUUUUUUUUUUUUUACCUUUUAAAGUUCUUUUACCAUGUUGUAAGCUGAAUGCUGUCAGGUUUUUUUUUUUCACAUUUAUAAAAUGUUCUCAUGCAGGUUUACAUGUUUAGCCACUUGGUGGCGUAAUGUGCUUGUCCUUUCAGUUACUUGCUGCUCAGUGGUUCUUGUGAUCAAUUAUCAUUGCAGAUGCAUCAGUGAGUACAUGCAUGAUGGAUAUCUUGAAGCAUGCGCACAUUUAUUGUGUUUGAUUGUGUUAUAAUUGAAUAAGCAUGUUUUGUAGAUUAUUUUCAACAAUUUAAAAUGUUACAUUUAAAAUGUUUUUUUUUCUCCAUUUGAGCAAAUUCCCUUUUGGGUUUUCAAAUACUAUAGAUGUAGGUUGUAUAUGUGAAUGUUUUUUCUAAUUUAAUUUUAUUUUUUUGGUCAGUAGCUGUGAUUAUUGUAAUUAAAUAAAGAUACUUUUUUUUA